ACAGCCAACAUCGAGGAAUGUCUUCACAAAGAGGCAACCUUUGGCUUGAUGCCACCAUGGUGGCUGGUGUGGGAGGAUCUGCUUCAGCUGCUUGGUUUAAAGCAAACAACUGAAACUACACAAACACACACACACCCGCACACACACAAGGAGCUGAACACAACAAGUUUGACUGCAGACUGCAAACUUUAACACCAGAAAAUGUUACUUAGCUUUGUGAUCCUCUUCUUCCUCUUCUCUCCAGCAACGUCUCUGCAAUGCUACUCAUGCGGAUCCUCCACCACCAAUGAAGAAUGCAACCAGAAGAGCGAGACGUGUCAGCAGCCGCUCGACACCUGCAUGACCAUCGUGGACACUUUGGGUUACAUGAAAGCCAUCGUGAAGCAAUGCGCCAGCAGCUCCACAUGCAAGGGGGCCGCCUCCACCGCCUCGGUGGACGCUGACGGAAACGGAAACACCAUCAACUGCUGCAGCUACGACAUGUGCAACAUGAGCGCGGCGGACUCUGUUCACUCGCACACGGCGCUGCUGCUUCUAACUGGAGCCGUUUUACUGCUGCUAACGCACUGAGGCCAGCCAGAGGCUGGUCUAAAAGAAUUAUGUAAAUACUGUAAAUCUAUAAAGAUUUAUUCUAUGUAUAUAUAUAUAUUCUAAGAUGUAUUACAAAUACAGCUGUAAAAAUUGCAAUGUGGAACAUCCUUCAUGCCUAAUUUAUGACAAAGACAUUCAUUAAAAUGGGAACAUGGCAAAAAACACACAUUGUUGCAAUUGAUUGAAAUAAAAAAAAAAAAAAAUCAGACCACUGACUGCAAAAUCCAACCGAUUUUCAUCUCAACAUUAUUUUAUUUUUCCUCCUAUUUAACAAGAUGGCAGAUUCAGCCAAGAAGACAAAAUAAAAACCAGUGUUUACUAUUACGGGUUCUGUACAAUUCAUCAGUGAUACACACCAGUAUAGCUUACAAUAUACCAACAUGAGCAGAAUUACGCAACAACACUGAGAUAAAAUAGUUUCUGAUGAUUCUCUUUUUUUCUUUUGUCAUAUGCGUAUGUUUUGAAAUAUUUUAAUCCACAUCAGACCCAGAUGUUCGAUCUCCUUCCAUCGCUGGUUGAACAUGAGACGAACAUUUGGGUUUAGUUGGAUUAAAUCCAUCAAAACAAGUGUUUUUUUUUCUUUUCUUUUUAGGUGCUGUGCAAAUAUGCUCUUCUCCUUA